AUGUCAGAGCCUGGAGUUAAGCUGGAUAGGGUCUCGAGUAAUCCAGUUGAGGGUAGCACAAAACCCGGUUCAAUUUCGUCUCAUGAGAAGCUAGAUAUUGAAAGAGAAAAAGAUUUACACAACUUUCCUCCUCACGAAAACGAUAUUGAACUUCCUAAGCAGCCGCUUUCUCAUUAUUUUUCGAUCUCAAUUCUGUGUUUGAUGAUUGCUUUUGGAGGCUUUAUUUUUGGCUGGGAUACGGGUACCAUAUCAGGCUUUGUUAACCUUUCCGACUUCGUACGUAGAUUUGGGUCUCGGAAUUCUAAAGGCGUCUACUACCUCUCGAAAGUUAGGAUGGGUCUGAUCAUAUCUAUCUUCAAUAUCGGCUGCGCUAUCGGGGGCAUCGUUCUUUCCAAAAUCGGCGAUGUCUACGGUCGUCGUAUCGGCUUAAUUUCCGUGACGAUUGUCUACGUGAUAGGGAUAAUAAUUCAAAUCUCCUCAACUGACAAGUGGUAUCAAUACUUCAUUGGAAGGAUUAUCUCAGGUCUCGGGGUUGGUGGAAUUGCCGUGCUUUCCCCCAUGUUACUUUCUGAGGUUUCCCCAAAGCAUAUCAGAGGCAUGCUUGUUAAUUUGUACCAGCUUCUAGGAACUAUGGGAAUUUUUUUAGGCUACUGUACGAACUACGGGACCAAAAAAUAUACUGAUUCUACUCAAUGGAGAGUUGGCCUCGGUUUAUGUUUUGCUUGGGCAAUGUUGAUGAUUUCGGGCAUGCUUUUUGUGCCCGAGUCUCCCAGGUAUCUAGUUGAAGCUGGUAAGUUAGAAGAAGCCAAACGCUCGCUUUCAAGGUCAAAUAAGGUUUUAAUUGACGACCCAGCGAUUGCAGCAGAGCUCGAUGCUAUCAGUGCAGGUGUUGAGUCUGAGCGCUUAGCAGGCGAUGCUACCUGGGGAGAGUUGCUCUCAACAAAAACGAAGGUUAUUCAGCGCGUAAUCAUGGGUAUCAUGAUCCAGUCCUUGCAGCAGCUCACCGGUGAUAACUAUUUUUUUUACUAUGGCACCACCAUUUUCAAGUCUAUUGGCUUGGAGGAUUCUUUUGAAACAUCUAUCAUCAUAGGGGCUGUUAAUUUCUUCUCUUCAUUUAUUGCAAUUUACACAAUUGAAAGGUUUGGUCGCCGUACUUGUCUGUUGUGGGGAGCUGCUAGCAUGUUCUGCUGCUUCAUUGUCUUUGCAUCGGUUGGCGUUACAAAGUUGUGGCCGGAAGGUCCAGAUCACCCUGGAAUAUCUUCUAAAGGCGCUGGAAAUUGCAUGAUUGUGUUCACGAUGUUUUUCAUCUUCAGCUUUGCUACCACUUGGGCUGGAUGCUGUUAUGUUAUUGUGUCGGAGACCUUCCCCCUGAGAGUUAAAUCUAAGGGAAUGGCGCUUUCUACAGCAGCUAAUUGGAUGUGGGGAUUUCUUAUCAGCUUCUUCACUCCGUUCAUCACUGGUGCCAUAAACUUCUAUUAUGGUUACGUCUUUAUGGGUUGCCUGAUAUUUGCAUAUUUUUAUGUGUUUUUCUUCGUUCCCGAAACCAAAGGAUUAACUCUGGAGGAGGUCGAUAUUAUGUGGCUGGAGUCUGUUCCUGCAUGGAAUUCUUCGUCUUGGGUACCACCAACUAGGAGAAGUGCGGACUAUGUAGUUGACACGUCUAGUAAAAAUUUCUUCUCGAAAUUCUUCUCCAAGAAUUAG